AUGGACAACUCGAAAAAUGGCACGGUCCAUCCAGACAUCCCAGAUGUAGGAUGGGACCCGCACCGUCGCGUAGAUAGGCCCUCAAUAUCUCUCCCCAAUAUCCAGGGGGAGGAGAAUUGCCAGUCUGGUAUCCCGUACCAGAAGGGGGUGAUCCUCGACGGAGGGAAGAGAAAGGGUGACAAGUGGCGGAACCCAGUCCAGCGACUUGUUCCUUCUGUUCCACCUCCGUCGAACCACGACUCCAAGAAAGGAACGCAUAAUGUCGGACAUUCCACAUCCAAAUUCAUAUCCCAUGCCGCGAGGCUGACCGGGUCUUCAUGA